UAUCCUGUGAGUUGCCUUGCCAACUUCCUUUUCUACUGUGGCCGCCAUUGAGUAAGGAGCGUGGUUCCAGGCGAGCCGAGACAAAAAUAUAAAAAUGGCUUGUGCCCGGCCUUUAAUCUCGAUCUACUCCGAGAAAGGAGAAAGCUCAGGCAAAAAUGUCGUUAUGCCUGCGGUGUUCAAGGCUCCCAUCCGCCCCGACAUUGUCAACUUCGUGCACACCAACAUGCGCAAGAACAGUCGUCAGCCCUACGCUGUCAGCGGGCUGGCCGGUCACCAGACCAGUGCUGAGUCCUGGGGUACAGGCCGGGCCGUGGCCCGUAUACCCCGUGUGAGGGGAGGUGGUACCCACCGCUCUGGACAGGGAGCCUUCGGGAAUAUGUGUCGUGGAGGCCGCAUGUUCGCCCCCACCAAGACCUGGCGCCGCUGGCACCGCAGGAUCAACACCACCCAGAAGCGUUACGCCAUCUGCUCCGCCCUGGCUGCCUCCGCCCUGCCCGCUCUCGUCAUGUCCAAAGGACACCGUAUUGAGGAGAUCCCAGAGGUUCCCCUGGUAGUUGAAGAUAAAGUGGAAGGUUACAAGAAGACAAAGGAGGCUGUGCUGCUGCUGAAGAAACUCAAGGCCUGGAACGACAUCAAGAAGGUGUACGCGUCCCAGCGCAUGCGUGCCGGUAAAGGUAAGAUGAGGAAUCGCAGGCGUAUCCAGCGCAAAGGACCGUGCAUCAUCUACAACCAAGACCAAGGCGUCACCAAGGCAUUCAGAAACAUCCCUGGCAUCACCCUGCAGAACGUGAACAAGCUGAACCUGCUCCGGCUCGCCCCCGGUGGUCACGUCGGUCGCUUCUGUAUCUGGACCGAGUCCGCCUUCCGCAAGCUGGACCAGCUUUACGGAACCUGGCGCAAAUCUGCCUCUCUCAAGGUGGACUACAAUCUGCCCAUGCACAAGAUGACCAACACAGAUCUGAGCAGGAUUCUGAAGAGUGAGGAGAUCCAGAAAGCACUUCGUGCACCAAACAAGAAGAUCAGGCGCAGGGUCCUGAAGAAGAACCCGCUGAAGAACCUGAGAAUCAUGAUGAAGCUGAACCCCUACGCCAAGACAGCCAGACGUCAAGCCAUCCUGCUGCAUGACCCGGCUAUCAAGGCCAAGAUGCUGAAGCCCAAGAAGAAGCCGGCCAAGAAGGCAGCCCCCGCCAAGGCAGCCCCCGUAAAGGCGGCCCCCGCCAAGGCAUAAAGCGGCUCUUCUAACAGACUGGUGUUCAGAUGGUUUCAAAUAAAAUCUAAAUAAAAUCA